AUGCUUUAUCGUGCUACUACUACUGCUGCCGCCGCCGCGGCGGCAGCGUUAUUACUGUCUCCAUUGCCAGGAGUCGAGGCCCUCGUGAGGCCUGAUGGAGUGGGAAAACUACCUGCUCUAGGCUGGAACUCGUGGAACGCAUUCGGCUGCCACAUCGACGAGGAGAAAAUCCUGACUGCGGCAAACCAGAUUGUCAACCUUGGUCUGAAGGACCUGGGGUAUGAAUACGUGAAUAUCGACGACUGCUGGUCCGUCAAGAGCGGCCGCAAUGCAACGACUGGCCGGAUCAUGCCUGAUCCGACCAAGUUCCCUGACGGCAUCAGCGGUCUUGCGGACAAGAUCCAUAAUCUAGGGCUGAAGAUUGGGAUCUAUAGCAGCGCCGGAUGGACAACCUGCGCGGGCUAUCCAGCCAGUCUGGGAAACGAGACGAUUGACGCAGAGACGUUUGCUGAAUGGGGGAUUGACUAUUUGAAAUACGACAACUGCGGCGUCCCCCCCGACUGGCAGGAUCAAUAUUCGUACUGCGUCCCAGACUCAGGCAACCCUGCCACAAACCCCAAUGGCACCUGUCCCAAUCUCCAGAACCCCGCGCCGCCAGGAUACAACUGGAGCACGUCCAAGACGGCGGAGCGGUACCGCCGGAUGAGAGACGCCUUGCUGGGCGUGCAGGGCAAGCGGACGAUCCUCUUCUCGCUCUGCGACUGGGGGCAGGCAGAUGUGAACGAAUGGGGAGCGCAGACGGGCAACUCGUGGCGCAUGUCGGGUGAUAUUUCUCCCAACUGGCAUCGCAUCUCCACCAUCGCCAACCUCAACAGCUUCGAACUGAACUCGGUCGACUUCUGGGGCCACAACGACCCGGACAUGCUCGAGGUCGGAAAUGGCAAUCUGACGCUGGCCGAGAACCGGGCGCAUUUCGCUCUGUGGGCGGCGAUGAAGUCGCCUCUGAUCAUUGGGACGGCGCUCGACACAAUCAGCCAAGACCACCUCUCCAUCCUAUCAAACAAAUACCUGCUGAAAUUCCACCAAGACCCGCAAAUCGGCCGCCCCGCAUACCCGUACAAAUGGGGGUACAACCCAGACUGGACGUUCGACCCCUACCACCCGGCCGAGUACUGGUCCGGGCCGACCUCGAGCGGCGACGUGCUCGUUCUGAUGCUCAACACCGAGGACGGGCCUGCGAAUCGCACUGCGGUGUGGAGUGAGGUGCCCGAGUUGAAGGGUCGGACUAAUAAUGGGAGAAGUACCGGAUUCCAGGUCACGGAUGCUUGGACGGGAAAGAGUCUAGGCUGUGUGAAGGGUGGAUACAGUGUUGAGCUUGAGAGUCAUGAUGUUGCUGUGUUGGUCGUGUCGGGUGAAUGUUGA